AUGUUAAGAAUGCCCUAAUGCUGCUAAUUUUUAAUGCAUACAUCAUUGUUCAUUACUAGUUAAUAUAAUUUUGUACAGAACUAUUGGUUAAAAUACUCUAAGAAAUCCUAAUCCACAAAUACUGGAACAAAUCUGUAUAAUUAUCGAAAGUCUUUUAAUACUUCACUUUUGUCUUUUAUUUUCUCCCCUUACUCAUUUAAUAAUAUUGACAAUCCAAACCAAGUUCUCUUGAAUUACUAUAACCAAAAUAAAAGAUGCAAACUAAAAUAAUGCUAAAAAUGUUCGCUUUCAUAUUGUUCAUCUGAUAUCUUAAUAAUAAUUAUAGGGAGAUAAAAGGUAGAUAUAUGUAAAGUAUCUUCAUUACUGAUUCCUAUUAAAGGGUAUUCAUUCACUUCAUACAAAAUAUCAUUCUAAUUGAAAUUUUUCAAUUAUCUAAACUUUGGAUUCGAAUUAUCUUAUUAAUCUCAAGAUUAAAAAUAGCUAUCUUUUUAAUAUAGCUAUGGUCUUUUUUUCUCAUCAUCUAAUUCUGAGUCAUUUUUGCCAUCUAUCUCACUAAAAAAACUAUCGUACCCUUCAAUGGAAUCCUCUGAACCAUAAUUUGCUUAAUCAAAAGGAUCAAAUAAAUCACUCAUUCUUCUAAAGAAGGAAAUUUUCUAACUGUUACUUAAAUACUACUGA